AUGGCUGAGUUGAAGACACCUUUGUCGGUUGAGAGGCACGCGAGGUCUAUUUACACGACAUCCUCGUUCUACCGUGUACAAGAUGAGAUAUGUGCCGCAUGUUUCACGUGUCAUGUGCUGAACGUCUCUGAAAGUGAAGGGAAUAUGGAAUUCACAAUCAAAGACACGAAUGAAACAGGUGAUGCAACGAACAUUGGAAAAGAACACCAAUUUGAAUCUUCUCUCGGCAUGGCAGCUCCUCGAGAGGUGAACAUUCACCCUCCAACCCAAUCCAAGAACAAAGGCAGCGGGAAGAGACUAAGAAGUGGGAAGGAGAAGGCAAUCGAAGAGUCGCAAAAGAAACGAAGGACGUGCAAGUCGUGUGGUGAAAUAGCAGGCCAUAACAUACGUAUAUGUCCGAAGAAGCAACAGGCGUACAAGCCAAAUGCCGCCGAGGUGAAACGCACGAGAUCUUGA